AUUGCUUGUCUUUCCUCAUUUUUGGAAGCCCUGCUUACCACGCAGCUGCACAACACAUCUGGGUUCUUUGAUGGAUGAAGAAAGUGAACCCAUCCAGCCUCAAGACCAGAGUUGCUGGGCCACCCUGCCCGAUAUAUGCCUGCGACGUGUCUUCUGGUGGCUGGGAGACAGGGACAGGUCCAGGGCAGCCCUGGUCUGCAAGAAGUGGAACCAGAUGAUGUAUUCAGCUGACCUCUGGCGAUACAGGACCAUCACCUUCAGCGGGAGACCUUCCCGGGUACAUGCAUCCGAAUUUGAGUCAGCACUUUGGUAUGUUAAGAAAUUUGGCCGUUAUCUGGAACACCUGGAGAUCAAAUUCCUGAAUCCUUACAAUGCUGUCUUGACUAAGAAGUUUCAGGUCACCAUGCGAGGUCUUCUCUCGUGCCUGGGCAAGAGUAACAACCGCCUGAAGUCUCUUUCCAUUCAGCACUUGGAACUGGACCGUCUGGUCUGGAGGAACAGCAUCAGGAGCUCUCUCAUCAAAAGCCUGAGCUUCUUCCUAAAGAAAAUGGGCAAACACCUGGACUACCUCAGCCUGAAAGGGGCCAGGCUCACAGUGGAGCAAGGCUGCCAUGUUCUCAACUCCCUGAGCUACCUGCGGAACGAGAGCAUCGCCUCGGAACUCAACAUUGAGGAUUACUUCAGCCAUCACCUGGCCGUCUAUAGCAGCCCCCAGUUCAACAAGACCAUGGCCACGUUCCACAACCUGGUGUCACUGACGCUCAACUACAACUGUAUCUCCGAUGAGCUGCUCGAGAACUUGGGUGAGAACAACGCCAGCACCCUCUGGACCAUGAACAUCAAAUGCCAUAUUCAUGAUCCCCAUGGCCAAGUUGUCUGGGGCAUGUCCUGGGCCAAGCUGGCCAGACAGGCCAGCAACCUGAAGGUGAACUUCUUCUUUGAGCGGGUCAUGAAGUACGAGCGCUUGGCCCGGAUCCUCCUGCAGGAGAUCCCGGUCAGGAGCAUCAGUCUGAGAAGCUGCUAUUUCAGUGAUCCAGACUGGUCCAUGCGGCCCACUCUGAUGGACCUCCUCCCCACCUUCCGGCACACUCUGCAGAAAUUAACUUUUGAGUUCAACAACAACCAUGAGUCACUGGAUGAAGAGCUGCACCUUCUCAUUCUAAACUGCAGAAAACUGUUUUACUUUAAAAUCUGGGCUUUCCUCGAUGUUAGAUUUGUAGAGCGAAUUCUGAAGAGCCAAGAGGAGGGGCAGUGUGCCCUGCACACCCUCAAGGUGAGAAUUUAUACAAACAGAUACGAGACAAAUGAAGAAGACAGGACCCUCCGGGAAAUUUACAGGAAGUACAGAAAGCUGAUCGAUUCAGAGCUAAAUUAUUUUGUCAUCGCUUAUCCCAUGAUGUGA